AGGGACAUUAGCAUCAGUACCCAUCAAUGCAACUGCUUUCCUUGUAGGUGGAAACCCAUUUGUCAAGUGAAAAGAGGAGAGAACUCAGCGACUUAUGCUCACCUUUGCACCUGGACUUCUAUUAUGGGUGAAGAGAGGACCAUGAAAACAACUAAUGUGACCCCACUUCACUGGAAUGGAUUACAAAUUGCCGCUUGAAGACCUGUUUGAAUAUAUACACCUGAGGAAGACCGAACUCUAGUUAAAACAAUUCAUUGGAAUCUUAACACCUGUUGUUAGGGGUCAAACAGUGAAGAGAGACAGUAAAAAAAAAAAUAGGCAGUUUUUCACUAUUAGGAUAAAAAGUAGCUGUCAAAUAUGGCUCUUUUGAAGGUGAAGUUUGACCUGAAGAAGCGGGUGAAGCUGGCUCAGAUGCUAUGGCUUAUGUACUGGUUCUCCAUAAUGGCUGGGGUGCUGGUUCUCAGUUUGGGCCUCUUUUUUAAAAUUGAAUUGCGUAAGCGAAGUGAACUUAUGGACAAUAAUGAAAGCCACUUUGUGCCCAACCUACUUAUAGGAGUAGGACUGUUGGCCUGUGGCAUCAAUGCCUUUGGUGGCAAGAUCUGCUAUGAUUCAUUGGAUUCCUCCAAGUUUGCCAAGUGGAAGACAGUGAUGAAGCCCUUCCUUAUCUGUUGUGUGCUUUUCAAUGCUCUCCUCUUCUUUUCGGCACUUUUGUGCUUCACCAUGCGCAUCCCUCUGCAGUUUACGCUGGCAGAAGGCCUGAAGAACGGCAUGAAGUACUACAAGGACACGGACGUACCCGGCCGCUGCUACAUGAAGAGAACUCUGGAUCUAAUGCAGAUGGAGUUUCGUUGUUGUGGCAACAAUAACUACAAAGACUGGUUUGAGAUCCAGUGGGUUAGCAAUCGCUACCUGGACUUCAGCUCUAAAGAGGUCAAAGACCGAAUUAGCAGCAAUGUAGAUGGACAAUACUUGUUGGAUGGAGUCCCGUUCAGCUGCUGCAACCCCAGCUCUCCAAGGCCCUGCAUCCAGCACCAAGUCACCAACAACUCUGCCCACUACAGCUAUGAGCACCAAACUGAGGACCUGAACAUCUGGAAGCGUGGCUGCAGGGAAGCUCUAGUUUCCUACUAUGGAGGACUGAUGAACACUAUUGGUGUACUGGUGCUGUUAGUUACUAUCCUAGAGGUUGCUGUGAUGGUGGGACUACAGUAUGUGAAUACUUCUCUUUCCACACUGGUCAACCCAGAGGACCCUGAGAGUGAAAGUGAGGGAUGGAUCCUGGAGAAAACUGUCAAGGAAACCUUCACUGAUAUCAUGGCCAAAAUGAAAGCCAUGGGCAAAGGCAAUCAGGUAGAGGAAGGAGCAGACGAGCAGGCUGUUGCUACGGUGAGCUGAGCAUGUCCCACCCACUAGAACUUUGGCCACUAGAGCCGAAGUUAAAGAUCUGUGAAAGACUUCCUUUCUGACACCUCCAGCACAUAGCUCAGACUACACUGCAUGAACACACAGACACCCAGUGAGCUAGAGGUUUGGUAAAGGGCAUACAAAAAUUGGGUUCCUUGAUAAUUGGUUUGAUUUUUUGAUAAUUGUUUUAUCUAAUUCUUUGUAAAUUGAUACUAUAGACAGAAAUUCAAUGAAUUCAUUCAAAUACAAAUUUGCUUCCUCUGCAAAAUUUCGGUCAGCUUUAUCUUAAUUUUUUCUUUCCUAUUGUAGUUCAGCACAAAUGCACUGUUUAACUUUAGUUAUUAGUUUUAUUUGCUAAUGGUUUGACUGUGAGGCAGGCUAGCAACAGCUGCCUCUGUUGUAGUGAGAUGUAUAACAGAGCAAGAGCAUAUGUAUUAUCUUCUCAUGGCAACUAUUCCUAAGUUGCUAAACAGCACAUGCAAAACCUCAGUCAACAGUUUUAAAGCAGUUACACCAAAUCAAAUGUUAGAAUCAAAGUAUAACAUUGAUCUAAGCACAUUUGAAGGCUAUACUGUCUUUUUUUUCCCAUGGAAUAGAAAAGCCUGUGAAGUAGAGCCUGUUAAAAGUGAUGUGGUAAAUUAUAUUUGCACCUAUUCCAAUCCCCAAUCUGACCAAGGCUCAAUGAACUUUGCACUGCAUGUGACACGUGGGCUGAGCCAACACUGUCGUUAGAAGUAGUUUCCCAAAUAGCCAAAUCAGUGCGGUGAUCACUUUGAAAUGCAUGAACAAACAGGAAGGUCAGUGAAGCAACACUCUUAAUGAAACAUCAAAGCAGCUUUCAUCGGGUCUUCUGUCUGCUGUUGUAUCAGAAUACUGUAAGUCUCCAAACAGUACUGAACACUAUGGCUCACUAGCAUGAAUGUGAGAUGCUAACUCAAUAACAUAGCUGACUGUGUGCAGCACAUUUUUACCAAUCCUUCCGGAAUAUAUUUAAUUUUACAAAAGCUACACUACAGCAUGUGAGGAUGCCUAGAGAAAGCUGUCGUUUCGUAACUGACCCAUUUUCAACUGUUGAUAAGUUUUCAACAUGAAGAUAAUCACCAACAUAAAUUCCCAUCUAAACCUGGUAAAAUUUACAUAAGUAUUUUAAUCAUGGAACUCUCAGUAACUGAGCCAAUGAUCUUCCCAUUUCACCAGUCUUCUACCUUUUUUCCCAAUAUAUCUUUUCAGAGCUCUUUAAAUAGGACUCCCCUAGCUCCACGACCAGCUUGUGCCAUUUUACCUCUCAUUUUACUCUGGUAUAUUGGUUUAACUGUGGUGAAACACCUCAAUGCUAACACAGUUUACGUUUGAAUCUUGCCUGACUCACAGAGAGACAUCAGGCAGGCUUUUUUCACUUUUUUGACUGACAGUUUCAAUAAAUGUCUUUUAUAAAUGUAUAAUCAUAUUUUUGAAGUACCAACCAUGCUCAUGGGCAGACUAGGGGCCGGGACUGAGAAGGGGGACAAUGAUAUGGGUUGUAUUCUUUCUUUCUUUCUUUCUUUUUUUUUUUUUUUUUUAAUAUUUUCGUCAUACUGAGAUCUUUUUGUGAAUUAUCUUUUCAGAAUGAUUUCUAUUAGAUCAUAUUUACAGGCUUUUGUGCAGAUUAUACAAACCACUGACUUGAAAAGAAACAUAAAUAUUUAAAUGGCAGUUAUGAGGAAGUGGUCCUUUUCACAAAUGGAAUGAGCUGAUACAAGUUUAGGAGACUAGAAAGUGUUUGAGGCUGCUUAUGUGAUGCAGAGGGACAUCCAGUGACAGGGUAAUGGAAUGCCUGCAAAGACCCCUGGAGUUCAGGAGGACACUUUAAAAGUGGCAGCUAAACCCUGACCUCUGACUCUAAGCUCUGCAUGGGCGAAUGGCUCACCUGGCUGUUGUUUCAUUGGCUGUGGGUGCUCCCAACUUUAAAACCAGCUGGUCUCUGUGGUGUCUCCCAAGCAAGACACUACAAGUUACUUUAGUACUCAUAACUGUAAAUAGUUUAGAAUUGUUAUAUAUUUUUCUUCAUUUUUUGUAAAUAUUCAAUUGAAUAAAUGUAAUUAUUCUGUUUCUUGUAAAAACCUAAUUACGAAGGAGUGUU